AUGACGCGGAGAAAUGUUAAUCGUGCUCCAUCAUAUGUCUAUCAUGCUAACGGAAUCAACCAGGAGGUCAUGCGCACUACAGUUGCAUCUCCUGCUUCUGCUGAUACUCCAGAAGAACCUCGAGCAACUCAGCGUGGUUGGAAAAGCAUAAAUUCUCAAUAUUGUGUUGUUUGUAAAGAGGGAGGAAACAUCCUUUGCUGCGAUAACUGUCCUGCUUCCUUUCAUUUGAUGUGCCAUGAACCUAUCAUUUCACCAGACGAUAUACCAGAGGGAAACUGGCUUUGCAAUAGAUGCAGCACUACUCCGGAAGAUAGGAGGACUCCAAAAGAUAGCAUAGAUUCGAAUGUUGAUGUGGAUGACUACGAAUUAAAAAAGAAUCAGGAAGUAGCGCGUACUAUAUUAGGAAUAUCUCGAACUCCUGAUGAUCCAUUAUCUUUGCUUCUCGAGGCUGCUAAAUCACAAAAUGCUACUCUGUUCGAACUUCCUCCUGAGUAUGAUAUUGAUCAGAUAGUCAUGGCUGGAGACGCCCGACCACCUAGGCCUGAAAUUAAAGAUGAAGUCUGUGACUUUUGUAGAAGUACGAAUAGUUGUCCAAUGGUUCAAUGUGAUUUUUGCGGAAAUAUAUAUCACCUCGAUUGUGUUGAACCACCAUUAAUAGGCGUGCCCAAGAAAAGGUGGAUGUGUCCUUCACAUGUGGAACACAUCGUUGAUCAGAAGCUUGCUAAAAGUGUUAGCAUUGUUAAGCGAAGAGAGCUUUACAAACGUUUUUGCCGUCAAACUUUAAAUGAGCCCGAAAUAAUUGGUACUUUCCUGAAAAAAAUAAAAAAGCGCAGAGCUUUACUAGACCCCAAUUGUGAACAUGCCGAACUGAUGGAUGUUCCUGCGUUUGUGAAAUGUUUGUACGCUCAGAGAACUCGAAACGACUCUUCAUCUGAACACAAAGAAGGUAUUGUUGAUGAUGCUGUUCAAAGCACUUCGGCGGGAACGAAUGCGAGUAAAACUACUGCUGAGACUGUAUCUGUUGUACCGGAUCCCACAUCGCAACCUUCAGGAAGCUCAGAUCAAGACACAAAAAAUAAAGAAACGGAUCAUCCUAUAAAAGCAAGAACAGCUUCUGAGUCUACAAGCAUGGAUAACUGUUUACCUGGACCUUCCUCCGAGAAAUUCUCUAAUGGGAUAACAAACUUGAACGGUUCCUCUAUAGGACUAACUUAUAAAACUAAUAAACGUCGGAAUCCAGAGGGAGAUGGGGAAGUCGUGCUGGGCUCUGAGAAACGUCCGUUGAUCAGAGGAUUCUGUCAAAGAGGGUUCUGUAGCGAUAAAUCCAUUCUGGCGGUCUUGAAAGCCGAAGGAUACGAUCAUCCGUUUGCUAUUCAAAAGGCAGUGACCACUAUAGGUGUUUCAAGGAACUGUGAUAUACGUGUUGUUGAAAUAUUAGAAUCAGUUUGUAACAAUCUAUCACCAAUUCAUGCUACAAUAGUUUUUGAUAAGGUUAUUAGACGUUUCGAACUUCUCCCUAGUCAUGGAGCGCAAGCUAUUGUUGAUGGAAUCACCUACGGAGCUACAACAGAAAUUCAAAAUCUCUCAUGUAAAUGCUCCACUCCAACAAAUGAAGGUGCUUUGCAAUCCGCUCCUCUGAGGCACGGCUCCCAUAUCUCUAUGGGUUGUCUCAGUUUCGUGUUCGCCUCAUACUAUUAA